AUGAAGUUCAAUCGAAAACGACAAGAGCCCACACCUUCUCCGAUCCUUCAGCCAUCAUCGGAAGAAGAAGAAAACAAUACGAUUCCGCCAGAGCAUCACGAUGAAAUCUACGAUUACUAUUUCAACGAACUGAUACCGGCAUUGCUCUCGGCCUUUCCCAUUCUAAUGCAUCGUUUAUUCCUCGAUUCCAAGGCUCAGAUUAGUCUUUGGAUAGGAAGUGCCUAUCAUUUUUUCUUGCCCGGAUGGACGUUUCCUCAGCAGCCGUAUCAAAUAGGAGGAGGAGGAGGAGAAGCCCUUCAUCAGCGGAUCGCUCUGAAACUGGCUCAACUUUGGGAACGAGCGCCUCCGUCGGAAGAGCUAACGGCCCCCCUCCAUCAGCUCCUCAAAAACUUUGACCUCAAUGGCGACGGCGAAAUCAGCGCGUCCGAGUUGGUCAACAUGACGGAACUGGUGGCCAUUUUGCAAAACAAUACCCAACAAUUACUAAAAUACCAACGGGAGAUUCAACAGUCGGCCAAGGUUCAAACCUUUUGGGUUUGGUUGUCUCGCGAAUGGCCCUUGUUGGAUUGGAAAUUGGGAGUCUUGUUGUGGCGGAGUUUUGGAGGUGUGCUUUUGGUAUUGGCCGUCUUGUCCAUUGUGCCAGGUCGAUUGCAUUCUCUUUCGGGAAAGAUUUUGCGAUGGCCCAUUCUGCUUAUGACAUACCUUAUAAUAGCGGUGGAACUCAUGGUGUACAUCUGGAUUCGAUUGGGGAUUCGGCUGGCCGAGACUCUCAUUGCCAAUCCAAAUCAUCGGCAAUUACGCCGCAAAAUGGCCCAAGCCGAGUCGUAUCCCGACUGGUACCAAUACGCUGCCGCCUUGGAUUUGUCCCAACGACGAGAUAGGUGGCAAAAACACAACGAUGUGGCGACCGGCUAUAUUUACAACUGGCAACUCAUUGAACAACUGAUCAAAGACUUGAAGGAAGCCCGCGCGAAAAAGGAUCCCCUCUUGGCCUUGGCCGUACUAAGACAGUGCACCCGCAAAAACAUCGGGGGUGUCAUGAGCGAGGAUCUCUUUUCUUACACCAACACGGGAGAACCAAAGUACAUUGUAUCGGAAUUCAUUGACGAGGUGACGACCACCUUGAAUUGGAUUACCGACGAUGCUGUGGAUGGUAUGGGGGAUCGCAAGCGAGCAAAUUCAUCCGACACGUCGUCCUCUUCAAUUUCCAAAUACAACAAAAACUUGCAUCAAAAGAUUGUGGACGAAAAGGACAAGAUUUGGAAAUCCAUUGAGAGUUGGGCCACCUUGAACUUUGAUCAUUCCAAGAAUGAAUCAGAGGACCAUCACAAAACCAAUGAUCGACGACCGAGUAACGGAAGCACGGAUACCAUUCCUCUUAGCGAGAGUGCUGCCAACAGCUAUGCGGCUGCAGCUUCUGCUGCUGCCAACAACACCAUGACUAGCAAAAAGCGACAGCAUCACGUUCUCCAACUUCAGGAAUUCCUCAAGGCCGCUCGAGCGGCCUACGGAAGGACGGCGCUUUGUCUUUCCGGAGGAGCCGCCAUGGGAUGUUAUCACUUUGGACACUUGUAUGGAUUGAUGGAAUGUGACGCACUCCCUCAUAUCAUUUCGGGAACUAGUGCGGGAAGUGCCAUUGCGGCACUGGUGUGCACGAGAACCAAUGAAGAAAUCAAGCGAGACUUGAAUCCCGAAACGGUUGCAUCCAAGAUGCAAUUCUUCACCCGCCCCUGGUCCGAACGAUUCAAGUCCCUAUGGAAGAAUGGUCACAUGUUUGCCUAUGACGAUUGGCACAAAAUGGCCCAAUGGUUCAGCAGCGAUCUCACCUUUCAAGAAGCCUACGAAAAGACCGGACGCGUCAUGUGCAUCACCUUGGCAUCUACCACCAAAAAGGCAUCCCCCAUUCUUUUGAAUCACCUCAAUGCACCCAACAUUACGAUUGCAUCUGCAGUUGUGGCGAGUGCCGCAGUUCCUGGGUUUGUUGCACCCGUUCGAUUAACAAUGAAGGAUUCGGAUGGAAACAUUAUUAGUGCAGGAGACGAAGAAUACUUUGAUGGGUCCAUUUUACAUGACAUUCCGAUUGCGGGGCUCGCGGAAAUGCUGAAUUGUCAAUUCUUCAUUGCCUGCCAAGUCAAUCCACACAUUGUGCCGUUCUUUUUUAAUUCCAAGGGGGCAGUCGGUCAACCAAGUCGAUGGUCCAGUGGAGAACAAGCUUGGAGUUGGCGUGGAGGAUUUUUGUUGGCGGCAUUGGAGCUCUAUCUGAAGAAUGAUAUGAAGGCCAAGUUCAUCUUUUUGAACGAUUUGGAAGCCGCCGUUGGUUUUACAUCUACCAUGAUGACACAACAAUUUCACGGAUCUACCACGAUUGUUCCUCACGUUCAGUUUUGGGACUAUUUCCGGCUCUUUAGUGAUCCGGACCCACAAAUGAUUGAACGUUGCAUGCAAAUCGGUUCCGUUGCAGCCUACCAACAUGCUGCCAUGAUCCGAUCCCACUAUUGCAUCUCCGAUACUCUGGAGGAUUGCAUUGCUCGUUUGGGCCAUCGCGAUAGCAAUGGAGUGAAAAGUUAUAAACCCAGUCGAAGAGCAUCCUUUGAGACCAAUGAGCAAAUCUCGAAUGCAGUGGCUCAUUUGCAUCGGCCUACCUCGUUUGAUCCCAAAAAGAUGCCAGAAGUCAUCAGUGCUGCUUUGGAAAUGAGAUUGGCGGAAAGCGAUAGCAGCAGCGACAUGUCCGAAGACAAUUCUUUGUGA